AUGCGAGGACGAUUUUCCUAUUCCAUUGCUAGCCUUACCUGGCUUGAACGAAAGGCUGCAACAAUACUCUAUUCCACUCUACCUCCCGCUAGCAUGGAAGAUGCAUUGAAGGACUUCUUAGCGGCAUAUGAAGAAAAACCAGAAUGGAUAGAAAACCUUAUUUUUAUUAUACGCACCUACCAAGCCAUGAAUGACAAGGAAAACGUCAAGAAAUACUGCAACAAACUGUUACUCCUUACGCCAACCAAUGAAGAUGAACGUGACCGUCUGCAUGAGGCUAAGAAAUUGCUGGCCAAAUGCUGA